GGGCCCUGAUUAAAAGAAGCCAUCAGUGGCUGUAGACGUAACGCGUCCGCCGUGUCAUCUCAUGGACGGUAAGAGGGCUAUCCCGGGCGUUUCACCGUGGAUACUGGGAAUAAUUCACGACGGAUAUUCUCUCCAAUUCAAACGCAGACCUCCCCGCUUCAAUGGCGUGGUCCCGUCACUGACUUUGCCCCAAAACCGUCCUGUUCUGCGACAGGAAGUUCUCAGUCUGCUCGAGAGAGAGCGAUAGAGCGAAAUUUCCCCUCAGAUCGAGCGGAAUGCGCAUGUUGAAUUAUCUGGACGAUUGGCUGAUUUUAGCCCACUCAGGAGAUGUGCUAUCAGUCACGUGGAAACAAUGCUUCGCCGUUGGAUACGCUGGGACUGCGUGUGAAUAUGCAGAAGAGCGUGUUUUUACGAGUCGGACUGUAACAUAUCUGGGAAUAUGUUUGGACUCGAUGGCGAUACAAGCCCAUCUCUCUCUAGAGCAUUUCAUCGACUCUGCGCUGUUUCUGACUGGGCAGGUCGUUUGCACUGAGGGAAUUUCAGAGGCUUCUGGGACUGAUGGCGGCGGCUUCUUCAGUGUGCCAUCUGGGUCUGCUACAUUGCGGCCGCUACAGUUUUGGCUAUAACUCGAGUUCCGCCGAGGGCGUGGUCUUCGGUCCACAAGCACUUACGGUCAUUCACAGUUGCGUCAGCACUCUGAGACCGUGGAACAGCCCGGAUAUGUUCAGCCCAGGAGUUCUUUUCUCUGCGAAUCUAGGCUGGGGAGCAGUGCGUCUGGGCCUGUGGUCGGAGUCACAGAGAAGGUGACACAUAAACCGUUUGGAAUAAUGGAAGCGGUGUCCUAAUAUCCCUGCAAGCCUUUCGGUCGAGAUUGGAGCGGAAACAUGUACUGAUUCAAACCGACAACACGUCUGUGGUCUCGUACAUAAAUCGCCAGGACGGCGUGCGCUCCAGGGCUCUAUUCAAACAGGCAGCGAGUUUCCUGUUGUGGGCGGACCGACACUUAAUCUCCAUAGGAGCGUCGCACAUCCCCGGUACUUUGAACCGUGGAGUGAGCAUGCUUUUGAGGAACGGGAUUCCUCAAGGAGAUGUUGGCUUCACCCAAGAUCAGAUCUAAUGAUUUGGGAGGGAGGAAGUGGAUUUGUUUGCCACGAGCGAGAACACGUUUGCUAUCUCACUCCCCCUGCUGGGAGAUGCUCUGACAUCGCGCUGGCCGGAAGCCAGGCUUACACAUUCCCUCCUGUGAAGAUUCUGCCUGUGUUGUGCAAAAUCAGGGAGGAGAAAGCAUCAGUUAUACUCGUGGCCCCGAACUGGCCGAAUCAGCCCUGGUUCGCGGACCUGAGAGAGUUACUGAUGGCUCCCCCAUGGCGAAUCCCCCUCAAGCAGGACCUGCUGUCUCAGGCGAAUGGCACAAUAUAGCACCCCAGCCCCGAGCUGUGGAACCUUCAUGUGUGGCCGCUGCGGGGACCCUAAUGAGCGGGACUCUCUGCACUGACGAGUGCUAAACACACUUACUGAGACGCGAGCAUCAUCAAACAUUCGCUGCUACGCGCAGAAGUGGUGAGUUUUCACAAAAUGGUGCGAGAACAUUUAUAUUGACCCGGGGACCUGUUCCGUGUCGGAUGUUUUGCGCUUUCUACAGCACAGUUGGAUAGCGGGAGUUUGAAACCAUCCACGCUGAAGGUGUAUGUGACCGCUAUUGCCGCUUUCGUUCCCCGGUUACGGGUAAACGAUCGGUAAGCACGCUCUGGUAUUCAGUUUUCUCAGGGGAGCAAGUCGAUUGUGUACUUCAUGGCCGCCCUCCGUGCCGCCGUGGGAUUUCGCUCUAGUUUUGAGGGCUCUAUCUCUUAUUACCGUUCGAGCCAUUAGCUUCGAUUGCGGUUAAGGAGCUUCCCUGAAGACUGCCUUGCCUCUUGCUCUCGCCUCAGCGAAGUGCCUUGGAGAAUUCGUGAGUGUUGGUGAACGAUAUUGCAUUGGUUUCGGGCCUGGCGACUGUAAUGUCAUUCUCCGGCCGAGACCGGGUUUCGUUUCUAAGUCACUCUAUACACCGUUUUGUUUCCCUGCCCGCCUUAUCUGUUGAGCCGUCAGCCUCGCGUGACGCUGAUGCUCAGAGCGCCAGUACCCUGGUUUUACGGAUGUAUAUGAAUUGCUCGGCCGCCUUUCGUCAGUCGGACCAGCUGUUCGUGUGCUUGGUGGAUGUAAUAAGGGACGUGCUGUUUCUAAACAGAGACUUUCUCACUGGAUCGUGGACGCUAUCAAAUGCCAGGGGAAGGAUUACCCCCUCAACAUCAGAGCUCAUUCUGCGAGGACAUUAUAAAUGCUUCCUGAUGGGCCUGGUCUAGAGGUAUGUCUGUCCAGUAUUUAUGUUUUGCUGCUGGCUGGUCUUCCCAGAACACAAUCGCCAGGUUUUACAAGCUGGAUGUACCCUCUGUAGCGUCACAUGUUUUUCGGUGAGUUAAAUUUUUAUUCAUUAAAGCUGUUAUAACCAGCUAUACAGUGGUUACCAUGGCUGCUAACUCUGUGUUAUGGUUUAAAUGGUUUAUGCAGCAGUCACCGCAAACGCCGUCGACUCUGUUUAACUCUCAUGCUUGAGUGCUUAUUGCUUGUGUCUGCCCUGGUUAGUGCAGAUUUCGAUAUGUUGCUUGAAGUUAUGCAUAUUUUGUUAGGGUCGGAGCAGAUGUCUCAUUGGCCUAGUUCCGCCUAUCAGAUGCAAGCACUCUUAGCGACACGGCCAUUGGCUAGAACUGUACUGCUUGUGUGAGGGUGAUUGACUCCGUUCAGGGCUUAUCUUCACUGCUCUCACGGCGGGAUUUUAUACAGUUCCCAUAUACGUCUUAGCUGACGUAAUGUUGAGUUACCGCCUCGAGAGGGAACGUCUCCGGUUACUAUCGUAACCUCGGUUCCCUGAGAGGCGGGAACGAGACAUUACGUUAGCCGCCGUGGUCGCUGUUUGAUCAGCUGUGCUAGCGUUCAGUCGUGAUUCUGACGUAAUUUUCGCGCCCAUGCAUUUUAUACUGCACGCUUACCCGCCAGUAUUUGCAUGCUUCGCGUCAAUUGGCCAGCUGUCCCCAGCUGGCGUUAGCCAAUAAGAUUUCAGUGAAAGUGGAGAAGGGAAGAGUUCCCAUAUACGUCUUAGCUGACGUAAUGUCUCGUUCCCGCCUCUCAGGGAACCGAGGUUACGAUAGUAACCGGAGACGUUUUCCUGUCCACACUCAGCCAUCUUGUUCUGUUCCCAGUUGUUUCCAGUCUGGAGGAGUCCAGUUUCACUGACAUCAACCUCUGGAAACCUCUCCGUCGCCUUUAUUUAAUGCAGCUCCUGCCUUUCUGUCCACCACCUUCACUGACACUUACAAAAUCAUUCAAACGUGCGCUCAAUAAAAAUAUAAGAAAUGAAAAACGUAAUUUUGUAAAUGGUUUACAGCAUUAAAAUAAUUUGUAAAUAGGUAAAAAAAAAAAGUUAUAAAAUAAUGACCGCACAUUUGUAUCAUUAGGUCUAAAGUGACUAUACAUUUGUUUUAAUCGCUUUAGAACUACGCGAAUUCACACACUCUGUUGUUGUUGUUUGCGACUCUUGCUGCCAGGCAACAAGAUUCUCUCCAGGAUUGGAUGAGAAGUGUGUGACGGUUCGAUGAACCAAUCACAACUUCAAACCAAAAAACUGUACUACUGUAAGCAACUGUAUAGGCAAGAUGUAGCGACUACUAGGGUCUCUUAGCUAUAUAUAUUUGCUAUAUAUCAGUUAAUUACCACAGAAGUUAAGUUUUAAAUAAUGACUUCCAAAAGUACUGUAAAACAUACGAAUAUAAGGGGAAACUGCUAUGGCUAAAGCAGACCUUUGAUACUAUUUAUAAAAAGAUAGUAAAGUUUGUGGUCAAACUUUAAGUUUAAAAUGUUAAUUUAAGUAGAAAAUAGUUCUCUAAAUAAAAUGUUCUGUUAUUCAUGUAUAUAGCGACUACGACAGAUCUGUUAAUUUGGUCAUUGAAAUCAUGCUUUACUAAUUAUGCCUGGUACUUAUUGGUAUUAAAUUUUAUUCUAAAAUUAAUUACUUUCUGUGGUGUUUGUAAAACAUGUCAAUAGGUACUGCUUGUAGUAGGCUAUAUUUGACUUACUGGCCUAAAAACUUCAACUUUAGACUUGAUGACUUUGACAAGCUUAAAGCAUAAUAUUUACAGUAUUCUUGCACAAUUCACACAGCUAUAAACACAUACAUUAGGAAUCUCCACUGAUUUAUGAUUGUGAAUGUCAGAACCACUGAUUUUAGUCAGCGCCUCAGUUGAUUUCACCAUUUUUGAGGCUCCACAAGAGCUGGUUUAAUAAAUAAAAGGCAUGUUGACAGGAUCUUUGCAUCACUUGCAUAUGGUUGCUCUUGGACUGAUUGUUGCACUGUUUUUCUCAAUUCACAGCCAUAGAAUUCAGACAAUAAAUGUUUAAACAUUAUUGUUUAAUGAUUUUAAAUUCAUAUUUUGACAUCCUUUAUUCUUAAUUGAAGCUAAACCAUGCUAAAAUUAUGAAUGAAUCAAAAGUAGUUCUGAAGUUUUAUCUAACUAAAAUCCAUGUGUGCUAUUUCACAGGUAAGCCACAAAAUGCCACAAUAAAUAAAGUACUAAUAAAGUACCCCCCUCCCACCCCAUUCAAUCUAAGUUACCAAUAAAUGUUGUGCUGUCGGCAUCAAUGUGGGGGUGCAGUUAGUGUACACAAACUAUUAUUGUUUUGCAUAUCCUUUUGUGUUGUACCACUAUGAAGCAUGUCUCUAAUAAAAAUGAAAGCACUACAUGGCAGGUGACUUAAAAUUAAUUAUAUACUUUUUAUACUACUUUUUCACACAAGUGCCAAAAUGUUUUUAUAUACUUCAUCGCAGGUCAAGACUAAGUUCACUUAUAAGUAUGUAGCUGCAAAACACUACUAGAAUUGUAACAUAUAUACAUUUUAACAUAUACACAUACACAUUGUUUACAUUUAUAAUAUGCAGUGAAUAACAAUGCACAAACAGUGACACUUUGAAUAAAGAAUACAAUACAAGCUAAUUUUAACUAAAAUACAUAUAUCAGCAGUAAUAUAUAAAAAAAAAACAUUCAAAUGUAAAAGAGAUGGUUGCCUUAAAUUUAGGUUUGUUCAUAAAAAAAGUUUUUUUAUUGGGACAAUGGUGCCCACAUAAAUGAUGUAGCCUGAUGUAGUAGGGAUAUAUACAGAUCUAAGGUAUCUAUAAACAGCAAAAUAUAAAACAGAAUAUGAUUGGCUGUGCUAUUUUUUCCUCUGCACGUCAUGUCCCUCCCUUGACCUGAUGCUUGUUUGCGUUGGUUUCCACGGCUAUGUGAACGACUUCUGAAUUGUCCAAUCGCGAAGGGCUUUGAUGUCAUUCCGACCAAUCCGAUUGUCUAGUAGGCGGAGACUCGACACAUUAGAGGCGGGACUUUCCGAGGCCUCCAUCACUUCCCGUGCCGCAGCCUGUAAACCUCUCCACAGUGGACCCGGCACUUCAUUAAAACAUCUCCUGCGAAUAUUUGUAGCACAAUUUCUUUGUUUAUCUAUAAAGUGUGUAUUAAGCAGCUCAGAAUGGAGACAUGUGGUAACUCGAGUAAGAAGCAGAAACUGAGUAACGCGCCUGAGAGCUGGUGUGCUGACCACCUAUACAGCAUUUCUGAGCAGCACAAGUACGACUAUCAUCACUUUUUGGACGUUUACUACGAUACAUGGCUUCUAGGACGUGUACCAUGGUAUUCUUUGGAGUGUUAUGGUACAAAUAUAUGGGAAUGCAACGAGCCACCAAUGUGACGUACCAAGCCCAUCAUGUGAGCAGAAACAAGCGUGGCCAGGUAGUCGGCACAAGAGGAGGAUUUCGAGGAUGCACGGUGUGGCUGUCAGGGUUGUCUGGUGCGGGUAAGACGACGGUCAGCAUGGCUCUGGAGGAGUAUCUGGUGUGUCAUGGCAUCCCCUGCUACACUCUGGAUGGAGAUAACAUCAGGCAGGGCCUCAAUAAGAACCUGGGCUUCAGUCCUGAAGACCGCGAGGAGAACAUUCGUCGUAUCGCAGAAGUGGCUAAACUGUUUGCUGAUGCUGGUCUUGUGUGCAUUGCCAGCUUCAUUUCCCCAUACAGCAGGGACCGCCUGAAUGCAAGGAAGAUCCAUGAAGCUGCCGGCCUUCCAUUCUUUGAGGUGUUUGUAGAUGCUCCUCUGGAUGUGUGUGAGCAGAGAGAUGUGAAGGGGCUCUAUAAGAGGGCCAGAGCUGGAGAAAUCAGAGGGUUCACCGGAAUAGACUCUGAGUAUGAGAAGCCAGAGGCGCCUGAACUGGUUCUGAAGACGGAUUCUUGCAGUGUGAACGAGUGCAUCCAGCAGCUCCUGGACCUCCUGCAGGAGAGAGACAUAGUUCCUGUGGACGCAUCCUAUGAGGUCAAGGAGCUCUAUGUGCAGGAGAACCAGCUGGACUUGGCAAAGGCUGAUGCAGAGACUCUUCCAGCAGUGGAGAUCACUAAGGUGGACAUGCAGUGGGUUCAGGUGCUCGCUGAGGGCUGGGCCACUCCUCUAAAUGGCUUUAUGAGGGAGAGCGAGUACCUGCAGUGUCUACACUUCAACUGUCUGCUUGACGGUGGGGUUAUUAACCUUUCGGUGCCGGUGGUCCUCCCCAUCUCAAGCGCCGAUAAGGAGCGUCUAGACGGCAACACUGCAUUCGUGCUAGCCUACGGUGGUCGGAGGGUCGCGGUACUCCGAAACCCGGAGUUCUAUGAGCACCGCAAGGAAGAGCGUUGUUCCCGGCAGUGGGGCACCACAUGCAAGGAUCAUCCAUACAUCAAGAUGGUGAUGGAGAGCGGAGAUUGGCUGGUCGGUGGAGAUCUCCAGGUACUGGAUCGGAUCUACUGGAAUGACGGGCUGGAUAGUUACAGGCUCACACCAACCGAACUCAAGCAGAAGUUUAAAGAAAUGAACGCAGAUGCUGUUUUUGCAUUUCAACUCCGGAACCCAGUACAUAAUGGCCACGCGCUGCUCAUGCAGGACACACAGCGGCGUCUAAUUGAACGUGGCUACCGCCGACCCGUGCUUCUGCUUCACCCGCUGGGUGGCUGGACCAAAGAUGAUGAUGUGCCACUGGCCUGGCGCAUGAAACAGCAUGCAGCCGUGCUGGAGGAGGGACUGCUUGACCCCAACUCCACCAUAGUGGCCAUAUUCCCUUCACCGAUGAUGUAUGCUGGCCCAACUGAGGUCCAGUGGCACUGUAGGGCCCGGAUGGUGGCUGGAGCCAACUUUUACAUAGUGGGCCGUGACCCCGCCGGAAUGCCUCACCCAGACACAGGUAAAGACCUCUACGAGCCCUCCCACGGGGCUAAAGUUCUCACCAUGGCCCCUGGGCUCAUAUCACUGGAAAUCGUCCCUUUCAAAGUGGCAGCCUACAAUAAAGUCAAGAAGGCCAUGGAUUUUUAUGACCCCAAAAAACACCAGGACUAUGACUUCAUCUCAGGAACCCGCAUGCGGAGGAUGGCUCGCGAGGGCCAGAACCCUCCGGAAGGCUUCAUGGCGCCCAAAGCCUGGAAUGUUCUCAAGGAAUACUACCAGUCUUUAGAGAAGGCCUAAGCCUUUUUCCAGGUGUGGAGAGAGGCGGAAGCAAUUCUGUUACAGUGAAAGAAGGGAAAGGAGGAGGAGGAGGAGGAGGAGGAGAUCUUGGUUUGUAAAAAAAAACUAAACACACACACACACACAAUGAUUGAACACUGGGACCACCCAAAGGACUUCUUGCACUGUUUUGGAUGUUGUUCCUCAUUAAAUCACUGUAGGUUUCAUAGUACUGAGUCUUAUGGCAACAUUUUAUAUGUUUGGUUAAAAAAAAUAAAGCAAGUUAACUUGUGAAAGGUACAUUUUAUGUAUUCAACACAGUAAAGAUAGAAAACUAAACUGUUUUAUUAGUAACUAUGCCAUCUCUAUUCUUGUAAACUCCAUAGUCUCUGUUACAGUUGGAUGAAAGAUGACGUGUAAUUAAAAAUUGUACACUUGCCUUAAAGAGCUUUUAUCAAAAACUGUUAGAUUUACAGCAUUGUUUUGGCUUUAAUGUGUGGUCUGCUCAGUUGACAGCAUCUAUGGCAUAUAUACUAAAUAAGUACAACAGAAUACAUUUUAACUUGAUCCUUACAGCAAAAAGUCAGUAAAGUUUUGCUCAAUAUGUGCAAGAAUCAAGGACUUUUUGCUUGGAGGGAUAUCAAAAUAGAAGAAUUAUGACAGUAAGUCAGGUGUUUAUCUACCUAGAACAGUAGUCCCAUUGCAAAAGUGAUUAUUUAGAUAAAUAAAUGAUGUAUACAUAUGAAUGUAUAAGUGCAAAAUACAUUGCCUGUAUGUUAAUGCAAACAUCUUUUUUCGUUUUACCAUCAAAUAAUUUCAACCUGUUAUAUUUUUGAUCAGCAUUAUGCCACAAAUGCUGUUGAUAGAGCUUAAUGUACUGAGCAAUGAGCAAUCCGUGAAGCCAAAAUGUGUGCCUGGAUGGGACUGUAUACACUUAUUUAUUAGAAUAAAGCCUGCUGUUUUAUUCAGUGAAGUGUGGUGACAAAAGUAUAUCCUGUAUGUUCAUUUUUGCAAUGGUUUAUUCUAAAAUCUUGACAGCUGUUUAAGGAGCUUGCUUGCAAAGCAGCAAAAUCUGUGACGUUUGUCCUUUAGCUUUCGUCUAGUCUCUAACAUUUCUAACCAUAGUGUUUUGAUAUUUCUUUGUUUGAAUGUAGUGUUUUGUUAAAAUGAUUUGACUUUGUCUUUAGCUGCUUUUUUUGUAGUAUUUAUUUCUGUGACUUUUUGUGUUUAUUGUUUUAGAAUGGAAAGGCUAUCAGGUAGACGUUUUUCAUUUUUAUAAUUCAUAAUUGUCCUGUUUAAGUUUAACAGCAUUGUCCUUCUUACCUCAACGUCUUUAAUAAACCAUUCCACCAAAAUUCCCAAA